AUGUCAGCAUCAAGAGAAAAGACGCGGGAUGCCAUGUUCCGGUACACCAUAGAAACCCUCUUCUACAUUGAAAAAGUUAAACAAUUCUGUGAGAGCUUCCCUGAAUGGAUGGAUGCAAGAACAACAGAGGUGUUCAAAAUGGAGGGAAUAAAGACCUCCUACAGCAGGAUUGACCUUGGCAUAAACCAUAUUACCAAGUCAGAGAAAAAGGGAAAAGCCUUCCUGGAAUAUAUGGAGAACAAGGUGACACAGGUGACACGGGAGAGUGUGAAAAAACGCCGUGCAAGGCUGGAGAGGGAGUUGGAUGCUGUGUUAGCGGAAACUCUGAGCGGCCUAAAGAAGCUCCAUUUCUUCCUGGAGGCUGUGGAGAAGCUGGCGGUCACCUCACUUCAUGUGUUUCAGGAGGGGAACCGGGUGUUACAGCUACCACGUGGGGCCAAGCUCGAGCAUGUUCAGGUUGUCAUAGCUGCUGCGCGGCGAAUCUGCCCUCUGCUCCUCGAGUUCAAAAGAGAUGCAAGCGCCUUCUUCCUCCCCAAACUUGAUAAUGUGGAUGUACUGGUGUAUCAGCUGGACAGAUACAUCCAGACUACCCAGAAGAUCUGUGAAAACUUAAACAUGAGCCUGUUUAGUCAUCUUCCCCUGCAAAUGUCUUCAAAUGUUUAUGUUAACCUGGAUGAGAAUUUCACCCAUGAUGAGGUACAAAGGAUGUUCCAUCAUAUUCGUCACCUUACUGACAUGAGGAUGGACCCCGACUUCCGGCUGGUGUUCUUGUUCCAGGAUGUUUCAUGUUCUGGCUUUGUCAAGGAGUUUAUCAAGCGGCAGCCAAGGAUGCUGAACUUCCUGGAAGACCUGGAGAAGACUGCUGUUCAGCUCGACUCCAUGAAUAAGGGGGCAAAGAUCUCCAGCACUGUGGGCAGCUCAGUGGGGGCUAUCGGAGGGGUGCUUUCCAUCAUUGGGUUGGCGCUGAUCCCAGUAACAGCUGGAGUGUCUCUGAGUCUCACAAUUGCUGGGAUGGGGUGCGGUGUUGCUAGUGGACUCAACAGCAUCGUUACCACAGCAACAGAGAUUGGUGUAAACCGCACUCAACAAGAUAAAGCCAAAGGAGUCUUCCAGAGGUUCAUGGAGGAUGUGCAGUAUCUCCAUGAUAUUCUGGAGGAGGUCACUAACCAGAACAUUGAGAUAGAGGAAAAUCAGUUUGCUUUGGUUGUUGGUGUAGGCAGGAUAGCUUGUAAGGUUGGUUCUGUGGGAAACACCAUUGAUUCUCUUGUUGAUGCUGCAUCUGCUGUGAAGCUGUUAAACAGUGAGAAGAUGAUUGUAAGCACUGGUAAAGUGACUGCUGAGGAAGCUAAAGCUUUACGUAACGUACCCAGGAUGGCUGCAGACGUCCCUGAGUUUGGACAGGCAGCACUUAAAGGCCCACUCGCCCUCUCAAAUUUCUCUAGAGGCGGUCUCAUUGGGGCCAAUGCUUUGUUUCUCGGCAUGGAUGUCUUCUUUAUCUAUAAAGACAGCAUCAGUCUGUCAGAAGGCUGUGAGACCAAAGUCUCACAGUUCCUCAGAGCCAGAGCUGCACUUUGGCGCUCAGAGCUCGAUGCGUGGGAGAUGAUCCAUGAUUCUGCAAGUGAAGGUCUACUGACAUCAGAGAACAAUAUCAGAGUUCUUGAGCAUUUAUUUUACUAA